AUGGUCUGAAUUGAUAUCGGAUAUUGAAAAGAGUGUAUGUAGGUAUAUUUUUGGCGUCCCGGGGUUUCCGUUCUGCUGGAGACAAUAGCUUAUCGGAGUGCUGAUUCCAGCAAACGGGCACCACACCACACCACAACACGAGAUAGAGACAAGCUUUCCCGCUAAUUGUUACCGGGGGAGGAUAACGAUCUAACAAGAUUUUCAUCUUCUCUCAUUCCAGCAACCAGUUGUUCAAGUUCCCCAUUAUCCUAGAAGCACCCAUCAUCCUCUUAUCGUACUUGGCACUUGGAAUAUUGGGACCUGAAGUCUAAGAAGAAGGGAAAAGGGCGCGACCUAAGAACAAACCCAAUCAAGUCAUGGCCGAGAAAGUCCAACCACCUUUCAACGUGUAAACGUGUAAAGGCCCGCGUCAAGCUCACGCUAUUGCCAUCAAAACAUUGUCCAUCAUAUCAGUAGCGAUGACGGUCGCAAGUAGUCAGGAACAUGUGAAGCUAUUGAGUAGACAUCAUCGCAGCGAUUGGCCAGGCGAUGAUGGAAAGCACGAGAAACGCUCAGGUACUACGCUGUCAACGAAUGAAAAGGGUGCAACUUUCGGGAUAACUCCUAAAGCGUAAAGUAUCAAGUAGCUGAGUAAACGACUUUCUUUUCUCCAAAUGCUUGGGAGUUGGAAGUUUCUCGUGUUGGACUGAACCUUCGGAUCAAAAUAGAUUUCCUAUCGAUCAGGCUCACCAAUGACGCAGAUCGGGGCGUGUGAGUGGAUGAGCAAGUGCGGGAAAAUUAACUUUGGAAGUCGGGGGAAAAGUGGAAAGAACAUCCAACGCAGAGUAGUGGGCGAGCAAAAAGUCGAAUGAGACAUGGUGCGGAAUCCGGAAGAACGAUUUCAGUCUUUCUUUUUACUGGUGUCAUUUUUUUUAUACCAUCCCGGCCAUCAUCAUAAUCAUAUCAUCGUAUCAACCCAUUCCAUCGUAUUCCGCACUUGGAGUCUUUUCUUUUCUUGUCUUGGACGACAUCGAAUGAACGAUAAUCAAAGCUACUCGUUAUCUAGUUGGAGUAGUCGGCAGUCCACUGAUAUCCGAUUGGAGCGUAUGUACGACGUUUCCACACAACUCACUGUCCUAAGAAUCCAAAGUAUUUUGAUUUUCAUCCCUAUGUUCCUUUCCAUUUUCACCCUCAUCAUUCUCAUUCAUGAUCCAAGUACAGCCACUUGUAGAUGCAUUACCAAGCCAGUAGGUGCAUGCAGCAUGUGCAGUAGUCACUUCUUCAUCUGUGGAGGAUCGAAGCUCGUAAAGAUUAGAUCCAAAGUUAAAAGUGGAAGGUUAAAACUUAUUCCCAAGUGGUGAGUAGUGAGUAAUGAGUAGUGGGUAGUGAGUAGUGAGUAGUGAGUAGUGAGUGGUCGAGUCAAAGGUCUGAAGCUUGAAGAUUGAUACCUUGAUACC